AUGGCGGUUCCUGGGGAGCCCGGCACAGCUGAGGCUGUGGUUCCAGUGGCUGGUCCAGAAGGAGCCUUUCCCGUGGGGCUCUGCUGCUGCGGCCGCUGCCGUCGUUGGCGCAGCUGCCCGGUGGGUAGAGUGAGCGAGAGGGAGGACAGGAGCGCGGACAGGAAAGAUGAUGACAUUGAAGAGGGGGAUCUUCCUGAACAUAAGAGGCCUCCAGCCCCAAUAGAUUUCUCAAAAAUCGAUCCAGGCAAACCUGAAAGUAUCCUGAAGUUGACAAAAAAGGGGAAGACUCUGAUGAUGUUUGUUACAGUGUCGGGAGAGCCCACUGAAAAGGAGACGGAAGAAAUUACCAGCCUGUGGCAAGGCAGUCUCUUCAAUGCAAACUAUGAUGUGCAGAGGUUUAUUGUUGGCUCAAAUCGUGCCAUAUUUAUGCUGCGUGAUGGUGGUUAUGCCUGGGAGAUCAAAGACUUUCUGAUAAAUCAAGAAAGGUGUGCGGAUGUUACUCUGGAAGGCCAGGUUUACCCUGGCAAAGGAGCAAAAGAAAGUGAUAAAGUAAAAAAUAAAACAAAACCUGAAAAAGGAAAGAAGAAAAAGGAUGCAGACAAGAAUUCUGAAGGCAUCAAAGAGAACAACCGAGCGACCAAACAGAGAGAUGAUCUAUGACAGACUCAUGAACCAGACUGAACACUGCUCCGUUGUUC